AUGGCCGGCUCACCAGAGACGGCGGGAAAGGAACCUGAUAAAACCACAAUAGAUAAUACAAAUCAAGACGCUGAGGAUGAGUUGACAGCUCCCGAAAGGUUUCCGCCCGAGGAAGAAGCUAGCCUUUUAGGGGAAUCCAACGAUAAAAAGUCGGAAGCGAACGCGCUGUUUGCCUCAGCCAAGUACGAGAAUGCUAUUACGAAAUACGAAGAAGCGGCUUCAGUUUGUCCACACUACUUAGACUACGAGCUUGCCGUUUUAAAAUCCAACAUUGCUGCAUGCCAUCUGAAACUAGAACAAUGGAAGGAAGCUAUCAAGGCAGCCACCGACUCCAUUAACGGCUUGGAUCGCCUAGAAAAAAAAGAAGCUAGCCAGAAGGAGAUCGAAGAAAAGCAAAAACAAGCAAAUGCCGAAGAAGAUGAAGUUGAAGAGGAGAUCGUCAGCUCGGGGGCCCAAAAAAGCGCUCCCGCCGCGAAGAAAGAAACCGCCGCCGAGAUUGAGAGGCAGAAAAAGCACAAUGACAUCCUUAGGAUUAGAGCGAAAGCUUUGAUGAGACGAGCUAGGGCGAGAAGUGAACUUGGGGGGUGGUCAAACCUCUCCAGUGCUGAAGAAGACUACAAGACACUAUCGACCAUGACAAACCUCAGUGCUGCGGACAGGAAGAUUGUUCAAACGCAAUUAAUAAUGCUUCCUUCAAGAACGAAGGCCGCCCAGGAGAAGGAGAUGUCAGAGAUGUGGGGAAAAUUGAAGGAUCUUGGAAACGGAAUAUUGAAGCCCUUUGGUCUCAGCACGGACAAUUUCAAUAUGGUAAAAGAUGAGAAGACCGGCGGUUACAGCAUGAACUUCUCCCAGAACGGCGCGAGCCAAUAA